AUGGCUCGUUCAAGGUCAAGGUCACGGUCUCGGGGACGCCUCUGGAAAGGGCCAACCCUGGCUGGACUCUUCUUGUCAGCUAUGCUGCUUCCCGAGGCAGUGUCUGCUAACUAUCGCCUCCCCUCUCAACAAGCUCCCAUCCUACCGCCACAGAUACCGUUGGGGGAGAAACCACCAUCAGAAACCCACGAGUUUUCCCUCCGCCACAUUUUCCACCGAGGCACCACCGAGCACCCCGAUCUUCAUGCGCGAUUAGACGUUCGGCCCGAUACCCGCCUAUUGGCUCUCUCCGAAGAUGGCAUCGAGGAAGUCAUUACCGCACACACACCCUUGAUCGCUACCUCCAGCCCCCUCACUAUCCACCGCCUGGCGGACCGUCGCAUAUCGGUUAUUGAAGAACAUAUGGCUGCUGCACGGGUUUCGGGGGCUGUGGAAGCCAUGUCGCCCUCGGAAUGGGUCAUGGAUACUCUUCCGGGCCCCAACAUCAAAGACAAGAAGACAGUUCUCACAUUUGCCAAGAUGACCGCGAAUGAUUAUAUUCAGGAACCUGGUACUGCGGAUUGGGAGACGAUCCAUGGUACUUUUAAUUACUCGGCAAGCUUUGGAUGGCAAACAGAUGGGCUGAGAGGGCAUAUCUACAGCAACAAAGAUAACAGUACGGUCGUCAUAUCUUUGAAGGGCACCUCUCCAGCACUUUUUGAUGGCGCAGGGACUACUACGAAUGACAAGCUGAACGAUAAUCUUUUCUUCAGUUGCUGUUGCGGACAAGGGGGCUCGUACUUGUGGAGACAGGUUUGCGAUUGCCAGAACACGACUUACACUGCCAAUGUCACUUGCAUCGUCGAGGCCAUGCAUGAUGAAAAUCGAUACUAUAAGGCUGCCAUUGAUCUCUAUUCCAACGCAAGUGCGCUUUACCCCGGCGCCAACGUGUGGCUGACUGGUCACUCCCUGGGGGGUGCCAUGACCAGUUUGCUUGGCCUUACAUUUGGAUUGCCGGUCGUCACAUUCGAGGCUAUCCCUGAAGCGCUCCCAGCAGCUCGGUUGGGUCUUCCAAGUCCCCCAGGUCAUGACUCACGGCUUCCGCAAACUCGACAGAACACAGGAGCAUUCCAUUUUGGACAUACGGCAGAUCCCGUGUAUAUGGGCACCUGCAACGGUAUAAACUCGAUCUGCACAUGGGGUGGAUAUGCCAUGGAGUCCGCAUGCCAUACUGGUCAGAUGUGUACUUAUGAUACCGUGGCUGAUAAGGGUUGGCGUGUGGGUAUUGGUACACACAAGAUCAAGAAUGUUAUUGCCGAUGUCCUGGAAGUAUAUGAUGACGUUCCGCCCUGUAUACCCGAAGAGGAGUGCUAUGACUGUGUGCUCUGGAAAUUUUUCCGAAGCAAUGGCUCUGAGGUCACUACAACGACUUCAGCGACGACCACAUCACCUACUCUUACCCGAACAGAGGCAUGCGAGACUCCGGGCUGGUGGGGCUGCCUUGAUGAGUCCACGACCACUACCACGACAACUUCAGCAACAUCUACCUCCACUUCUACCUGUAAAACCCCGGGCUGGUUCGGGUGCAACGACCCAACCACUACCACCACCACCACAUCAACAACCACCACCACCAGUACCACAUCGACAUCUUCAUCAACCACGGCGACUUCAACUUGCAAGACGCCCGGUUGGUUUGGCUGUAAUGAUCCAACAUCCACUACGGCCACGGCUACCCCAGCGCCUACAAUUGUUACAACAAUUCCGACAGCAACUUCAACCAGCUGUCACCAUCCAGGAUGGCUUGGGUGCAAUGAUCCGACAACGAAGCAUUCCCUGCCAGCAUCGUCUACCUGCUCAACUCCAGGUGUAAUUUGGGGAUGCUGGGAUAUGUCGACUAACACCCCUUCCAUCACUCCUCCACCUACCUCGAUACCCACACCCACCUCCACAUCAUCUCCCAAUCCCAAGACAUGCACCCACGAGAUAUUCUUUGGGCUGUUCUGCCUUGACUGA